CCACGCAUCCUCUCCGAUUCUUGCCUCUCGCACUCACUCGUCCAAGCCAAACACUAGCACCGCUCGCUCUUCCAUGGCCUCAGCUCGUGCCCGCAUCGCCGUCGUCGGUGACGUCCACGGCUUUUGGAAUCUUGAAGAGGAUACCAAGGCCCUUCGAUCCCUUCAGCCAGAUUUGGUGUUAUUCACAGGCAGGUGUCUUCUCCUUUGAUGUUGCUGUAUCUGUAUAUCCCCUAUAUUUAGUUCUUUUGUGGCAGCUUCAUUCUACUUUUGGUCUGUUCCAACUGGUAAGGCACCUAGAAAGGAUGCAUUUAUUGGUGUCAUGGCCACAUUGCACCAUAUGACUAUUUAGCACUACUCAGAACUGACCACCUAUGUGCCUGGAUGAUGCAGGGAACUGACCUCAUAUUAUAUUUUUGUGUCUGGUUUUCUUCCCUUUCAUAUCCUUUGGCUAUGUUCAGGUGAUUUUGGCGAGGAGGAUGUUGAAUUAGUUCAGAGUGUUGCAGAUCUUUCAUUUUCCAAAGCAGUUAUUUUGGGAAAUCAUGAUGCCUGGCACACUCAACAGUUUUCUGGAAAGAAAAAGGAUGGUGUUCAACUUCAGCUGGAAUGGUGAGUCCAAUAUACUUCUAACAAUGUUGAAUUUUAUACAUGUUUAUGCUACUAUUUAUAUCUUGGCAGAACUUUUUAUUAUCAGUAUGAUUUUAGAGGCUUAAGGCAAUGAGUAUUGUAGAGGUUUUCACAUAUGGAAAGCAUGCAUGGGGCAGAAUCUUGAUCAAAAUGUUUUUGAACAAUUUCCAAAUAUUGUUCAACAUUAACAUUAAUCAGGAGUUAGCAUUACAUUUGUUAGGUAAAUUUUGAUCUGCCCAUUGUCUUGUUCUUUCCUUUUUUCUAACUCUGAAAAUAUAACCUUCCAUAAUUUCAUUCAUUAGGUAAAUUUUCUCUGAAGGUUUAGUUAAUAUAUAUGGUUAUCAAACUAGGACAUUGAGGAGACAUUUAUGUGCUUAUAUGUCUGUGCCUGCUCAUACUUCUCACUCUUUUCUGUUGGUGUACAGGCAACAAAGAAAUUUAUAGUCUUUAGCACAUUUUAUAUCUUGUAUGCCAGCAUUUUGAGGGAUUUCAGAUGAUGUUAACUAUAAUUUUAUGAAAAUCAGCCUGGGCCAGGAACAUAUAGGCUAUAGACGUCUUGAUUUUCCUAUUUUAAAACUCAGUGUUGUUGGUGGACGGCCAUUUUCAUGUGGAGGUGGGCGAAUAUUUCGAAAAAGGCUUCUCUCUGCGAGAUAUGGAAUUCAAGAUAUGGAUGGAAGUGCCAGUAGAAUCUAUCACACUGCACAGGGAGCACCAGAAGACCAUCUGGUUAUACUUCUUGCUCAUAAUGGACCCACAGGUCUUGGCUCUGAAUUGAAUGACAUUUGUGGAAAAGAUUGGGUGUUUGGAGGUGGUGACCAUGGUGAUCCAGAUCUAGCACAAGCCAUAUCCCAAUUGAAAGAGACGACAAAAUUGUGUAUUCCACUGGUUGUGUUUGGUCACAUGCAUAAAGAGCUGGCAUAUGGAAAUGGUCUUCGGAAAAUGAUUGUAGUUGGGCCAGACAACACUAUAUACCUAAAUGGGGCUAUUGUUCCUAGGGUUAAGGGAUUGGUGAACGAACAAAAUGCUACCAUGGUGGACAAUGAGACCCAACUUCCCUCAUCUGAGUCUGGAGGGAGCACUCGUGCCUUCACAAUGAUUGAAAUAUUAAACAGAAGAGUAGAUAAAAUUGCAGAGACUUGGGUUUCUGUUGUUGGAGAUAAGACAACAUUACAAGAGGAACAUAUAUUAUUCCAACGGUCAGAUUAGGUUUCUACCUGAUCUCAUUAUCAGUCAAAGACCUUGCAAUGACAAGUAUUAAUCCUGUAAACUUAUAGCAUCAUUAUAUGCUUUAAAUACUGCUCCAGUGUAUGUGUUUGGAGUUUAUAUGCUACUAGCUUUUAAGCUCCAUCCUCAUGUGUAGACUUGGCACCAUAAUAUACAUAUUUUUUUUAU